UCCAUUGCGUGCAUUGAUGGUAUCCGUGCUUUCAGUGCUCUGUGGGUCAUUAUGACCCAUAAAAUUCUCCAGAUGUCACAGGAACCAUGGGUCAAUAAAGUUAUUCUUCUUGAGUCAACACGUGACAUACCAAAGAUGCCACUUCUGAACAGUAUGAUUAAUGUAGAUUCAUUCUUUCUGAUAAGUGGGAUGCUUCGUGCGAUGAAUUUCAUGAGAGAUGUGCAACAACGUGGUGGAUUUUGGAUUGCCACAGGAAUUCUGCAGAGGCUCCUCAGGUUAACACCAGCAUAUGCAGUGGUGCUUGCAGUAUAUGCAUGUCUGUUACCAUAUUUUGGUUCUGGGCCUGAGUGGAAUACUCAAGUCGGUUACAACUCAAAAAUGUGUAAACAACACUGGAUGUUCAAUAUAAUGUAUGUUAAUAACUACAUAAACUAUGAAAAUAUGUGUAUGUUACAAUCAUGGUAUUUGUCCGCUGACAUGCAACUAUUUGUUUGUGCACUCAUUAUACUGAUACCACUGUACUACUGGCACAAAAUUGGUGAACUGUUGCUGGGACUGGUUAUUUUUGUGUCAGUAGCACUGCCAUUCGCUACUGUUCUCAUCCGACGGCUUCCUGGUCUCUACCAGCCCACCCAGCCGGAUGAUCAGCUUUAUGAAUAUAUGCGUGAUGUUUAUAUGGCAACACACAACAGGAUGACACCAUAUCUUGUCGGACUGGCUCUAGGCUACUUGCUCCAUAGGAUUAAGGGUCAGCCUGUUACUAAAAGUAAGGUACUCAUUGGUGUUGGCUGGACAGUGAGCCUGUUAGUACUGGGUGCAGUAGUGUGGGGGCCAUACCACCUGCUCCAGGAAUGUGCUAGCCUUACAACAACUACACUGGAGUCUGCUGCCUAUGCUGCUCUACAUCGAUUCACGUGGGCACUUGCCCUUGGAUGGAUUAUCAUUGCAUGUUACCAUAAUCUCCGAUUUGGAGUUAUAGGUGAUGCUGUCAAGGGCAUUCUGGAGAGCAGUACAUGGCAACCACUGAGUCGACUUUCAUAUUGCAUCUUUCUGACACAUAUUGCUGUCUUACUCAUUAAUAGUGGAAGAAUACGAACACCAAUCUUCAUGGAUGAGUAUCUUCUGAUGCACAGUUAUGCUGGAGAUCUGGCCAUUGUAUUGUUAAUAUCAAUGGCUCUCCACCUAUUUGUUGAAGCUCCUUCACUUUUUCUGGCUCGAACCAUUUUCAGUCGUCAAGGAAACCAACAGCAGUCUUCAAAAAUAGUGAAAAGUCAAACUCCACAUCAAAAAAAUACAGUAGACCAGAAGAAAAAACAACAGAGGUGGCAGCAUGUGUCUCCAACAGACAUUCCAACAUCAAGUGAAUGCCCUGUUGGUCAGCCAUAGUAAUUUACUCAAGAUCUUGGCAAAGUAUCUCUGCAUUGUAGAAACAUUAUCUCCAUCUACUAGUUACCUGCAAAGUGAUGAAGGGUAAAGUUUUGUUACAUAAACAACAAGAAUCUACUAGAAACUCAAUAUUAUUUUAUCUAGUAUGAUAGUACUCUGUGAAUAGAACUGUUGAAAUUUCUAGUCUCAUUUAUUCACUGUAAUUUCAAUAGUUUUUAUUUGAUCACAUGCUAUGUAUUACUGACUAUGAAAAUUUAUAACUGAAUUGAGUGGUAUUGGAACACUUCAAAUGAAAACAAUCUCUGCAUAUCAUAGAUACAUUAUUACUAGCAACAUUGUGUGGAAAGCAAAUGAAUUGCUAUGCACUUGCAUAAAUUAAUGUUGUUAUUGUAGGGAAUUAAUGUCUGCUUAUUUUAAUUGCAACUAAAAAUAUAAUAUUUAUAAAUUGUGGGCCUCAUAAACAACUUUCUGCAAUAUGUAAAUUUAAGUUGUUUUCUGCUGAAAAAUUUGUAAACUUUGCUAUCUUGCAAGACAUUAAUAUCUUGCCAGUUGUCUUACAAGUUAACUGCACUUGUUGUUGUUGGUAGUAAGCCACAAUCAUUUUGUUUUGUAUUAUUAUGACUGAUGUUUAAAUCCUAUGUGAGCUGCAAAAUACAAGGAAAAUGACAGAAAAUGUUAAAUGAUACAAAUUGCAGCAGGACAAAAUCCCAAGACAUGCUUAAUAGUAAAUAUUUCUCACUGCAGUAUACAUGUAGGUUAUAUGUCAAACUUUUACUGCUUAUGUUUAGAAAAGCAAACUUUUAUUUUGGAUUAAUAUUUAAUUAUCAUAGUUUUAAUACCUGCAGAUAUAGAUACUUAUAAAAUUGGCUAACCUCCAUUCUGUGAAGACUGAUAAAAUAUAGCUGUACAUAAUAUUUUAUGACUGUAAUCUAAUAGUGAGUGUUGUAGUGUUUCUUAACAUUGUAUGAUAAAGCACUAUAUUGAAACUGAAAUCACAUAUACCGACAGACAAUUCUGGUUCUGGAAGAAGUAACAGAUUUGGUGGAGCAGGCAAGCUUCUUCAGCACAAGAUUUCUUUUGAUGAGAGUGGGAUAGCCAGACAAGAGAAGAACAAAGGUCAGAGACAAGAGGAUAUUAGUGGAAAGACAGAUAAUAUGUACUACAUAGUAAACAAAAGCACAUCAGACACAAAGAGGAUCUUUGUGUUGGAGUACACCUUUUUCUCUCCUUUUGACAUUGUAUCAACAGCAUAAAAUACCUUGGACAUUGUAAACUUGUGCCAUGUAGCUAUGCACACAAGAGACACAGGCAUUAUGAUAUGAAUGCAGUCAGUUUGCCAACAUUGUGAGAGAACUAUCUCAUUUUUUGGUAUACAUGCAUCAUAAUUCCUCUAUGAUUCAGUUUUAGAAAAUGUCUGUGAAUGUGCUGUGAUUAUACGCUGUUGCUUGUUACAGAAAAAAAAUGUUAUUGUUGUAUGAAUUGAUAGACAGCUCAGGGUAUUUGUCUGCACAUGGUGAAGAAGUAAGAUUGCAGUGUGUGAAUAU